CCCCUCAACUUCAAAGAGUCACAAAUCACCCUUAAUCAAAAAGGGUGCAGAAAUUUUUUUGGGCCCUCCCCGCCAUGAGCUCCUACGUAGCCAAUUCAUUCUAUAAGCAGAGCCCCAAUAUCCCUGCCUAUAACAUGCAAACUUGUGGGAACUAUGGAUCGGCCUCAGAGGUGCAGGCAUCCAGGUACUGCUACGGCGGAUUGGACUUAAGCAUCACUUUCCCACCGCCUGCGCCUUCCAACUCUCUCCACGGGGUAGACAUGGCUGCCAACCCCCGGGCUCACCCCGACCGCCCCGCCUGCAGCGCUGCGGCCGCUCCGGGACACGCUCUGGGCAGAGACGAAGCGGCUCCUCUGAACCCUGGGAUGUACAGUCAGAAGGCGGCCCGCCCGGCGCUGGAGGAGCGAGCUAAGAGCAGUGGGGAGAUCAAAGAGGAGCAGGCGCAGACAGGGCAGCCUGCCGGACUGAGCCAGCCACCGGCCCCGCCACAGAUUUACCCGUGGAUGACCAAACUGCACAUGAGCCACGAGACGGAUGGCAAGCGGUCCCGAACCAGUUACACGCGCUACCAGACCCUGGAACUCGAGAAAGAAUUCCAUUUUAACCGCUACCUCACUCGCCGCAGGCGCAUAGAGAUCGCCAACAACUUGUGUCUCAACGAGAGACAGAUCAAGAUCUGGUUCCAGAACCGCAGGAUGAAGUGGAAGAAAGAUUCCAAAAUGAAGAGCAAAGAGGCUCUUUAGAGCAAGCAGGGAGCCCUCCUCAGAGAGCACCCUGGUCGGCUGUGGUCCCUGAGCCCUUCCUUUUCGGUUUUCCUCCUUCUAGAUUUUGAGGCAAAGGCUAGAGCACUGGCUCCUGGCCUCCCAGACAAAAGCGCAUUUCUUUGGCAUUCCGAAUCCCCAUCGACCCAGGGUUCUGCAGGACCGCCUGCACUGCCUGUCUUGCCUCAGCUCAGCUGAGCACCCCAGGCCCGGGGCACAUUCUUGUAGGGCGGGUAUUGAAUAAGCCUCAGUCUGGGUUGCCUCUCCCAGCUCUGAGCCCUAGCUCGGCUAACCUGAGUUAAGGUGAGACAGACUGUAACCCCUUCUCCCCGACCUCCACCUCACCCCCUUCUUUGUUCCUGCCUAGGCUGGCCAGGCUGCUGAAGGCUGGUUGUGCCAGGCAGAGCCUAUGGCCAGAAUCCGGGGUGCUUUCAACUAACCUUUAUAACUUCUAAACUCGUCUUUGCUUAUUAAUGAUUUGCAUAUGAAAGAGGGAGAUAAGUGAAAGUGGGCCUGUAGCCCUGGAGGUUGUCCUAUGCUCUCUAAACCUUCCAACCCCCUCCCCAAAGCCCGGGAUCUUCCCUAGCCUGGCUUGCUGCAUGCACUCUCAGGUUCACAGUCCCAGCCUGCUAGCUAGCUCAACUAUUGGGGUCUCUUGCCUUUGGACCCUAGCAAGUGGUUCUUUGAAGCUUUUUGCUAUCCUAUGUAUCUUGCUAUGACUUUCUAACCUUCCUGCCCCCAUUGCAGUUGCCCAACUAUUUAUUGACUCCAAGUCCUUCCUGAAACUAUAUUUUGUCAUAUCAAAUAAAGCCAGAAAAAGAACAGGACUAAA